CUAAUCAACAUCCUCUAUUUUUCUUAUGUAAGAGCAUCUCCCUGAUAAAUAUUGUGUAUGUCCUUAUCUUUCUCCAGGGGGCAAGCUUUGGAUCCCUAUAUGAUAUGGGAUGAUUUGGCAAGUUUGCAAAGUUUUGGGGUCAUUUUUGCUUCUUAAUUGGAGUCAACAAAGGUUACCAGUAGCUACAGUCACAAUUGAGUGGCGGCCGAUGGGAAUUUAGCAACGAACUUGCGACGCAACUUGAAGAGAAGAGGCUUGCUGAUCAUGGAUGAAGAAGAUGGAUCUCUCCAACGAAGUAGAGAAUCUGAAGCUGUGAUCCGAAUCAGGCCGAUAAGCCCCUGAGUAUGGCCU